AUGGCCAGGCUUGCUUCCUCAUUCCUGCUGCUGAUUGUCCCUGCAUAUGUCCUGUCUCAGGUUACCCUGAGGGAGUCUGGCCCUGGGCUGUUGCAGUCCUCCCAGACUCUCAGUCUGACCUGCUCUUUCUCUGGGUUUUCACUGAGCACUUCUGGUAUAGGUGUGAACUGGAUCCGUCAGCCCUCAGGGAAGGGUCUGGAGUGGCUGGCCAACAUUUGGUGGGAUGAUGAUAAGUUCUACAACCCAUCCCUGAAGAGCCGGCUCACAAUCUCCAAGGACACCUCCAACAACCAGGUAUUCCUCAAGAUCACCAGUGUGGACACUACAGAUACUGCCACAUACUACUGUGUCCAUUCCCAGGUCCAGCUGCAGCAGUCUGGUCCUGAGCUGAGGAAACUUGGGUCUUCAGUGAAGUUGUCCUGCAAGGUUUCUGGCUUCAACAUCGUUGACACCUAUAUGAACUGGGUGAAGCAGAGGCCUGGUCAGGGCCUGGAGUGGAUUGGAGGGAUUGAUCCUGAAACUGAUGAUACUGACUACAAUCAUAAGUUCCAGGGCAAGGCCAAACUGACUGCAGACACAUCCUCCAACACAGCCUACAUGGAGCUCAGCAGCCUGACCUCUGAGGACUCUGCGAUCUAUUACUGUGCAAGUCACAGUGUUGAAAACCACAUCCUGAGUGUGUCAGAAACCCUGGAGGAGCAGGAAGCUGCCCUGGGACUGAGAUGA